UUUAGGGUUUUUCCACACCACAUUUGGCCGAAACCAGAGAGUGAGAGAGAGGAGAGAAGAGAGAGGCACAAUGGUUAAGUUUCUGAAGCCAAACAAGGCCAUCAUCAUCCUCCAGGGCCGCUACGCCGGACGCAAGGCCGUGAUCGUUCGCGCCUUCGACGACGGCACUCGCGAUCGUCCCUAUGGCCACUGUUUGGUUGCGGGGAUAAAGAAGUAUCCCAGCAAGGUUAUCCGCAAGGACUCGGCGAAGAAGACUGCCAAGAAAUCCAGGGUAAAGCCCUUCGUCAAGCUCGUGAACUACCAGCACCUCAUGCCCACUCGCUACACCCUGGAUGUGGAUCUCAAGGACGUCGUCAACGUUGAAGCUUUCGCGACCAAGGACAAGAAGGUGACUGCAUUGAAGGAGACUAAGAAGCGCUUCGAGGAGCGGUUCAAGACCGGGAAGAACAGGUGGUUCUUCACCAAGCUCAGGUUCUGAGGGAGCUCGAACGGCGUCGUGCUGGAAAUGGGUCUGAUUUUGUCUUCUGUUUUUUCAAGUUAAUUUUGGAUUGAAAAUGGUUUAGGAUCUGUGUGGAUGAGACUUUUUAUGGAUUUAUGCAUUAAUGCUUAGUUAAACAAUUAGAUUUGUUAUUACUAAAAUGUUAAAUUUGGCAUUUCUUGCUUUACUAUGUUACUUGAGAUUUUAUAUCCUCA